AUGUCGCCCUUCUCCUUCCGAAAAGAGCUGCACCUUUCUAUCUUGUCUUUGGUAUCUUGGACGGAAUCACCCCGCUCGGUCGCCGUCACCGAGGAGCCAAUCGACCAAGGUGGUCCCCCAAAGCCCUUUCACAUAUACUUGCCCGCUGCGCUCCCCAUGUCCAAGUCGUGGGAUGAAGCACAGCGUCAGGCACAGAAGGUCAAGCAUGUUGUAGUGGUGCCGUGUGAGGAUCAUGCAUCUGAAAACAGUAGCGGAGACCCUUUCUUGUUCCGCUUCGAUAUCGACAUUUUGCACUGCUGGAUCAAGAUACGUUGUCGCAAACAGAGGCUUCUAACCACUGGUGGACGUCGCAGUCGAGAAUGA